AUCGGCAUGUGACGUCAUUCACUCCGCCAUAGCCCACCUGCAGACUAAACACCCGAGUGCCUUCAUAGCUAUCUCGGGUGACUUCAACCAUGUCACCAUGGCAACAACAUUGCCCACAUUCACACAGUAUGUGAGCUGCCCUACCAGAGAGGAGAGGACACUGGACUUGCUAUAUGCAAACGCCAAAGAUGCAUACAGCUGCUCCCCCCACCCCCCUCUGGGUAGGUCAGACCACAACCUGGUGCACCUCAACCCCUGCUAUGUACCACUAGUCAAGAGCCAGCCUGCGACCAUGAGGACAGUGAGGAGAUGGUCGGAGGAGACUUAUGAGACACUGCAGGGCUGUUUUGGUGCGACAGACUGGCAGGCACUCUGUGAGCCACAUGGGGAGGACAUCGACGGGCUCACAGAAUGCAUCACGGACUACCUCAGUUUCUGUGUGGACUCCACUGUCCCAGCCAGGACUGUCCAUUGUUACCCAAAUAACAAACCGUGGGUAACAAAGGACAUCAAAGCCAUCCUCAACUCAAAGAAGAGGGCGUUCAGAGCUGGUAACAGGGAGGAGGUGAGAGCAAUACAGGGGGAGCUGAAGAUGAAGAUCAGGGAGGCUAAGGAGAGGUACAGGAGGAAGCUGGAGAGGAAACUCCAGCAGAACAACAUGAGAGAGGUCUGGAGUGGAAUGAGGACCAUCACAGGCUUCAGGACCAACAACCACAGAUGAGUUGAAGGCAGCAUGGACAGGGCCAAUGAACUGAAUCUGUUUUUUAACAGAUUUGACACUGCUGGACCUGCCCAUCCCCCCCUGACUCUUCUGCUGUCUGUCUUGGUCAACCAUCUCCCACUCCGCCCUCCUCCCCCACUCCUUCCUCUCACACCUCAACACCCUCCUGCUUGACCCCCCUCCUCCUCCUCCUCACACCUCCUCUCCCCGUGGUCAGACUCACUGCUCUCUCCAUCAUGAGGACUACACCCCUCCCCCACGUGUCGUCACCUCCACAAUGUGCUUCACUGCUGACCAUGUGAGAAGACAGCUGAUGAGACUCCACUCAAAUAAGGCUGCAGGCCCUGAUGGUGUCAUCCCAAGGGUGCUCAAAGCCUGUGCCCCCCAGCUAUGUGGAGUACUUCAGCAUGUCUUCAACAUGAGCCUGAGUCUCCAGAGGGUCCCCUUGCUGUGGAAGACAUCCUGCCUCGUUC